ACGCGGCCUCUCGCGCAGGCGCACUUCGACACAGUCAGCUGACCGAUUUGUGUACUGGCUUCAACUGGGGAGAAACAGCAAAUAACCUGCCGGUAAAACAGGAACCUCCUAAACCAUUUUUCCACCUACCUAAUGCUUCAAAAUGUCAUACCAGAGAGCCACAGAAGAGAAUGCUGUCCAGAUGUCACAAAAAAUAAGUUCAAACAUCCACAGGAUUACACAGCUUACUGCUGAAAUUCAAAGGAUUGUGAACCAACUUGGAACUGCACAGGAUACAAAUGAGCUGCGCCAACAGCUACGUCAAAAACAGCAGCAUGUCAAUAACCUAGCCAAAGAGACAGACAAAUACAUGAAGCAGUUUGGAACAUUGCCGUCUUCAGCUGAUCAGCGGCAACGAAAGAUAUUGAAGGAACGACUAGUUGAAGAAUUUUCUAGUGCAUUGAAUAACUUCCAAAUGGUUCAAAGACAAGCUGCACAGAAGGAAAAGGAAUUUGUUGCAAGAGUGCGUGCCAGCUCCAGGGCCUCUGGUGGCCUACAUGAUGAUGGCUAUCAAGAAGAAAAUAUUUCAUCUUUUGAAAGUAAAAAUCGUUCCGAGGCACAGGUUCAAGAAGAUGCCAUUACUGAGGAGGACCUUAUGCUUAUCAAAGAAAGAGAAACUGCUAUUAGGCAGCUGGAGUCUGAUAUCGUGAAUAUUAACGAAAUCUUUAAAGAUCUUGGUAUGAUGAUUCAUGAGCAAGGUGAAACAAUUGACAGCAUAGAAGCUAAUGUAGAAAAUGCAGAAGUCCAUGUGCAGUCAGCAAAUGAGCAGCUGGCAAGAGCAGCAGAUUACCAGUCCCGGUCCCGCAAGAAGAUCUUCAUCCUCAUUGUGGUUCUUGUAAUUGUGGCUGUGAUUAUUGGAGUAAUCAUCUGGGCUUCUGUAAAGUCCUGAAGACAGUGAACUCAAUUGAAAUUUCUGUUCCACCUCAAAUCCUAGUCUAUUCUUCUUUUUUGUUUGAUUAAAAUAUAAAGGGCAUUGUUAUUAGGCCAAAUGUAAAAAUGAGUUGCACUAUACUUGAAUAGAUACUCUAUUUUUUCAUUUUUAAAUCAAUACUGCUAUAGCAUUUACUGACAAUGAAGAAAGCAGAUGCAUUUCAGUUGUGUUGCAAUGUUUUAUGUUAUUGCUAAUAAAUGUCUAACUUCCGAGUGCAUAGAAAAUACUAAUAUAUGUCAGACCAUGCCACAAAUUAUGUGCAAAAGUAUUAUUUAUUGUGUAGUACAGCUAAUCAGAAAAAUGUUCUGUAUGUGUCUUAAAAUAUGUCUUCAAUCACUUCUUUUUUAUGGUGGAAAUAAGUAAAUAAAUAACUUUAUUAUGACUAAUAAAAAUAUACAAAUCACAGUUAUUUAAUAAUAGCAGUUAUUUCUUAUUUUGAAAAAGUUAUACUUAUAUGUAUAUUAGAGUUCUAAUCUUGUUUAUAUUCAUAAAAAAUAUUUGUUUAAUUCUGCAUUGUCUAAAGUGUUGUGACUGUCCCAAGAACUAAUGAGAACCAGUUGUAAUUAAAAAUAAACCUUUGUUCU